AUGGAAAUGGGACUUAGCCCAAUUGUAUGUAUUGCUCAAGAUUAUAUUCAAGGAAAAACUGUGGAUGAUUUACGAUUACGUCAAGCGAUACUUGAAUUACCUGAUAAUAAAACAGAACAUCUUCCAGGCUAUUUACCUCUCGUACCAGGAAUGCCAGUUUUACUCACAGAAAACGUUGCUACUGAGCUCGGACUGUCUAACGGUACACGAGGAAUCUUUCGUCAACUUGUAUACAAUGAAUCACCAGAAGAUGUUCGAUACCAAGAUAAGAAUUUUCCAUUAAAUACCAAGUUUAUAACGCAACCAAAGUACGCUUUAGUAGAAUUUCCUGGUUGCAAGCUUGAUAACAAACUUGCUGAACUACAGUCCAAAAUAGUUCCUAUAGCUAUUAGUGAACAAACAUUCUUGUUUGACGCCAAAGAACUUCUUCCAGCAAAUGUAGCAAAAGCGGCUAAAAUUAACAAGAAAACAACAAAACUCACCGUCAAACGUAAAGCACUUCCACUUAUACCAGCAUAUAGCAUGACUACACAUAAAAGCCAAGGUCAAACACUCGGUAAAAUUAUCGUCGAUCUGGUGAUGCCGCCUGGUCCAAUUGAACUCGCAUCGGUUUAUGUUUCAUUAUCUCGUGUAAAGAGACUAGAUGAUUUACUAAUCAUACGUCCAUUCGAAUUUGGAACACUUCAAGUUAAACCAUCAACGGCCCAAAUAGAAGAACUUAAAAGAUUAGAUAAAAUAGCACAAAGUACUCGGAAACGUUUUCAAUUCAUUGUUUAA